AUGAGCGGCCCUCAGACCCUCGCCACUCCAGGCGGUAUUUCUGAUCCUGCCUUGAUCACGCUUGUGAACAAGCUCCAGGAUGUCUUCACAACAGUCGGUGUCACCAACCCCAUCGAUCUGCCCCAAAUAGUCGUCGUUGGUAGUCAGUCCAGCGGAAAGAGUUCAGUGUUGGAGAACAUUGUAGGAAGAGACUUCUUGCCUCGAGGCUCGGGCAUCGUCACCCGUCGACCCCUUGUACUCCAGCUCAUCAACCGCCCCGCAACCUCGCAAUCCAACGGCGUUGAGGAGCUUGCAGACAGCACCGACAAAGCCGCUAACGCUGACGAAUGGGGCGAGUUCCUGCACAUCCCCGGCCAGAAGUUCUACGACUUCAACAAGAUCCGUGAUGAGAUUAGCAGAGAAACCGAGGCCAAGGUCGGCCGCAACGCCGGCAUUUCUCCAGCCCCGAUCAACCUCCGAGUCUACUCCCCCAACGUCCUUACCCUGACCCUUGUUGAUUUGCCUGGUCUUACCCGAGUGCCUGUCGGAGACCAGCCACGAGACAUCGAACGCCAGAUUCGCGACAUGAUCCUCAAGUUCAUCUCCAAGUCCAACGCCAUUAUCCUCGCCGUCACCGCCGCCAACAUCGAUUUGGCCAACUCCGACGGUCUCAAGCUCGCCCGCGAGGUCGACCCCGAGGGUCAAAGGACAAUUGGUGUCCUCACCAAGGUGGACCUUAUGGACGAGGGUACGGACGUUGUGGAUAUUCUGGCGGGCCGCAUCAUUCCUCUGCGGCUUGGUUAUGUUCCCGUGGUCAACCGUGGACAGCGCGAUAUUGACAACAAGAAGCCCAUUACGGCCGCUUUGGAGAACGAGAAGAACUUCUUUGAGAACCACAAGGCAUACCGAAACAAGAGCUCCUACUGUGGUACUCCCUACCUGGCUAGGAAACUUAACCUUAUUCUUAUGAUGCACAUUAAGCAGACGCUGCCCGACAUCAAGGCUCGCAUUUCUAGCUCUCUGCAGAAGUACGCUGCCGAGUUGGAGAGUCUGGGCCCAAGCAUGCUUGGCAACAGCGCAAACAUUGUGCUCAACAUCAUUACCGAGUUUACCAACGAGUGGCGGACGGUUCUGGACGGUAACAACACGGAGCUUUCCAGCACAGAACUGUCAGGAGGUGCUAGAAUUAGCUUCGUUUUCCACGAGCUGUAUUCCAAUGGUGUCAAGGCUGUGGACCCCUUCGAUGUCGUCAAGGAUGUUGACAUUCGCACUAUUCUCUACAACUCGUCUGGUUCCUCCCCUGCUCUGUUCGUCGGCACCACUGCCUUCGAAUUGAUCGUAAAGCAGCAAAUCAAGCGCCUGGAGGACCCUAGCUUGAAGUGUGUCUCUCUGGUCUACGACGAAUUGGUGCGCAUCCUCUCGCAGCUUCUUGGAAAGCAGCUCUACCGCAGAUAUCCUCAGCUCAAGGAGAAGGUUCACGCUGUUGUCAUCAACUUCUUCAAGAAGGCCAUGGACCCCACCAACAAGCUGGUCAAGGACCUCGUGGCGAUGGAGGCAUGCUACGUCAACACUGGCCACCCCGACUUCCUGAACGGUCACCGUGCAAUGGCCAUUGUCAAUGAGCGCUACAACCCAUCUAAGCCUGUUCAGGUCGAUCCCAAGACGGGCAAGCCUCUUCCUGGAGGUACACCUAGAGCGUCUAGCCCGGUCGUGCCGGAAGAUGCCUCGAACUCGGGCUUCUUUGGCAGCUUCUUUGCUGCGAAGAACAAGAAGAAGGCCGCUGCCAUGGAGGCUCCUCCGCCAACUCUCAAGGCUUCUGGAACACUUUCCGAGCGGGAGAACAUUGAGGUCGAGGUCAUUAAGCUGCUCAUCUCAUCUUACUACAACAUUGUGAAGCGAACCAUGAUCGACAUGGUUCCCAAGGCUAUCAUGCUCAACCUGGUCCAAUUCACCAAGGACGAGAUGCAAAAAGAGCUCUUGGAGAACAUGUAUCGCAGCGAUACUCUGGAUGACUUGCUCAAGGAGAGCGACUUCACCAUCCGUAGGAGAAAGGAGUGCCAGCAAAUGGUCGAGUCUCUCGGCAAGGCCAGCGAGAUUGUCAGCCAGGUGCAGUAA